GUGGCAGCCCGGCUCACACCUCCUGGACAUCAGACUCAAUUAGCAUCUUGCAAGGCUGCCCAGUCCUCCCCAUCCCCCACAGACCGGAUUACCCUCCCAAUGUCUACCUGACCGCUCCUGCGUCCCUCAAGGGCAGCACUCAGAAAAGGACGGUGACCCAUAAGUUGCAACGCACAUCUACUAACCCGGGCUGGAUCCAGAACCAAAGACUUCCCCCUUGUUAGCGUUACCUGCUAACCUGGGAACAUGGCUACUACUAGCAGAAACACACUGCAAGUGAAUGAGCCACGCCGAUAUGGCUCCACGUUGUCUUUAGAAGAGAAAUGUGAGCAGUCUUUCUUUCUCUUUUACUACUACAGGAUGGAGGAUGAGGCUGUGCUGGACAGAGGGGCCUCGUUACUCAAACACUUUUGUGAUCAGGAAGAAGUUGAAGGUCACCACACCAUAUAUAUUGGUGUGCAUGUGCCUAAGAGCUACCGGCGACGGAGACGUCAUCGCCGACGCACCAGUCACAAGGACAGAAAGGAGAAAGUGACUGAGAAUGCUUCGGACAGGUCAGAUGCAGAGAACAAUGAGGAGGCCAGCAACAGCAUCCUCAAACCACUCAUCUCACCUGCUGCUGAGCGCAUCCGAUUCAUCCUGGGAGAGGACGAUGACAGUCCUGCGCCCCCUCAGCUCUUCACAGAGCUGGAUGAGCUACUGUCUGUUGAUGGCCAGGAGAUGGAGUGGAAGGAAACUGCCAGGUGGAUCAAGUUCGAAGAGAAGGUGGAAAAAGGUGGGGAGCGGUGGAGUAAACCGCAUGUGGCCACUCUGUCCUUACAUAGUCUCUUUGAGCUUAGGACGUGUAUAGAGAAGGGCACCAUCAUGCUGGACCUAGAGGCAAACUCUCUGUCAGGGGUCGUUGAAAUGAUCACUGACAGUCAGAUUGAGAAUGGUCUCUUGAAAGCUGACCUGAAAGAUAAGGUCAUGUACACCUUGCUGAGGAAGCAUCGGCACCAGACCAAGAAGUCCAAUCUUCGCUCCUUAGCUGACAUUGGCAAGACGGUCUCCAGCGCAAGUAGGCUGUUUUCAUCCCCGGAUAAUGCACGUAAUCCACUCGAGAGUUCAGUGCCUUGUCUAACGACUCGCACCUCAGAGGAGGUGUUGCGAGCCCCUGGAAGUCCAAGCAUGGGAUGGCCUAGCAGCCCAACCACCACACAUCGCAACUUGACAUCAAGCAGCCUGAAUGAUAUCUCAGACAAGCCAGAGAAAGAUCAGCUGAAGAACAAGUUCAUGAAGAAGCUGCCCAGAGAUGCUGAAGCUUCCAAUGUCCUCGUUGGAGAAGUGGACUUCCUGGACACUCCUUUUGUGGCCUUUGUCAGGCUGCAGCAGGCUGUCAUGUUAGGGGCACUGACUGAAGUGCCUGUGCCCACCAGGUUUCUGUUCAUUCUUCUUGGACCCAAAGGCAAAGCCAAGUCAUACCAUGAAAUUGGUAGAGCAAUCGCUACCCUGAUGUCUGAUGAGGUCUUCCAUGAAAUUGCGUACAAAGCCAAGGACAGACAAGAUCUCCUCGCUGGCAUUGACGAGUUCUUGGAUGAGGUCAUUGUCCUUCCUCCUGGAGAAUGGGACCCUGCCAUUAGGAUAGAGCCUCCAAAAUCCCUGCCAUCCUCAGAUAAAAGAAAGAACAUGUAUGCUGGAGGGGACAGCACACAGAUGAAUGGAGACACCCCUCACAGCGGUGGACAUGGGGGCGGGGGGCACGCAGUAGGCGAUGAGCUGAAGAAGACGGGGAAGUUUUGUGGAGGCCUUAUUCUUGAUGUCAAAAGAAAAGCCCCCUUUUUCUUCAGUGAUUUCUAUGAUGCACUACACAUCCAGUCUUUGUCUGCCAUUCUUUUCAUCUACCUGGGAACAGUAACCAAUGCCAUCACAUUCGGAGGAUUGCUGGGCGACGCCACAGAGAACAUGCAGGGUGUGCUGGAGAGCUUUCUGGGUACAGCGGUGUCUGGAGCCAUCUUCUGUCUCUUGGCUGGGCAGCCUCUGAUCAUCCUCAGCAGUACGGGGCCAGUGCUGGUGUUUGAAAGGCUGCUCUUUAACUUCAGCAGGGAUCAUGAUUUUGACUACCUAGAGUUCCGUCUUUGGAUCGGUCUGUGGUCGGCCUUCUUCUGUCUAGUCCUGGUGGCCACUGACGCCAGUUUCCUGGUGCAGUAUUUCACCCGAUUUACAGAAGAGGGCUUCUCCUCGCUCAUCAGCUUCAUCUUCAUCUAUGACGCCUUCAAGAAGAUGCUGAAGUUGGCCCAUUAUUACCCGAUCAACUCAGACUAUAAAAUGGAUUACGUCACACAGUAUGACUGCAUGUGUAUGGCACCCACUGAUGUCAAUUCUUCAGAUGUGUACACUGAUCCGCUUGAUUCAACAUUUGUCUGGACUGUAAACUACAGCGAUACUCGCUUGAAUGCCAGCUGGUCCUCACUGUCAAAGAAGGAAUGCUUGAAAUACGGAGGGGAGUUAGUGGGCAAAGCCUGCGACUUUGUGCCCGACAUCACCCUCAUGUCCUUCAUCCUUUUCUUUGGCACCUACACCUGCUCCAUGUGUCUGAAGAAAUUCAAGACAAGCCCAUUCUUUCCUACUACUGUGAGGAAACUCAUAAGUGACUUUGCCAUUGUCCUGGCUAUUUUGAUCUUCUGUGGUGUCGACGCUCUGGUUGGGGUAGAUACGCCAAAGCUCAUAGUGCCAAGCGAAUUUAAGCCAACUAGCCCAAACCGUGGCUGGUUUGUGCCUCCGUUCGGAGGGAACCCCUGGUGGGUGUACCUGGCAGCAGCUUUGCCUGCCCUGCUGGUCACCAUCCUGCUCUUCAUGGAUCAGCAGAUCACCGCUGUCAUUGUCAAUCGCAAGGAGCACAAGCUUAAGAAAGGUGCAGGCUAUCAUCUGGACUUGUUCUGGGUAGCUGUGCUGUUAGCAGUGUGCUCUUUCACGGGUCUGCCCUGGUAUGUAGCUGCUACAGUUAUUUCCAUUGCCCACAUUGACAGCUUGAAGAUGGAGACAGAGACGUCGGCCCCUGGCGAACAGCCCAAAUUUUUGGGUGUCAGGGAACAGAGAGUUACUGGUGUCUUUGUCUUCAUCCUCACCGGUCUGUCUGUCUUUAUGUCUCCUAUCCUCAAGUUUAUACCAAUGCCAGUGUUGUAUGGAGUCUUCCUCUACAUGGGUGUCGCUUCACUCAACGGAGUUCAGUUUAUGGACCGGCUCAAGCUGCUCCUCAUGCCUGCCAAACACCAGCCAGACCUGAUCUACUUGCGGCAUGUCCCAUUGAGGAAGGUCCAUCUCUUCACUUUCAUCCAGCUGCUUUGUCUGGCGCUCCUCUGGAUCCUCAAGUCCACCGUGGCUGCCAUUGUUUUCCCCGUUAUGAUCUUGGCUCUGGUUGCUGUGAGGAAGGCAUUGGACUUAAUCUUCUCCCAGCUUGACCUCAGUUUCCUGGAUGAUGUCAUACCUGAGAAGGACAAGAAAAAGAAGGAAGAUGAGAAGAAAAAGAAAAAGAAGAAACAAGGGAGCAUAGACAGUGACAUGGAAGAUGAGAAAAGUCCCCUUCAUUCACUGACCGAUAUACAUCGUGCUGAAAAGCGGCACUACUUUCAGACCAGCCCGAUGUCAAGUUCAGAGAGACUGCCAUUAAAUGUGCCUCAGAUUAAAAUAGAUAUGGACCCAGAUGACAACAAUGGCUGCUACUGGAUGAGUCGAGGGUCUGAGACGUCCAUAUAACUCCUCCAACCAAUCAGCUACAUAGAUUUUAUUAGCUCUUGCGAUUUGCAGAAAGCCAUUUGCCAAGGGAUAUUUUGUAAAGACUGUUCCCCAUCAUGGAUCCAUUCUGUGAAGACUAAAUAACAGCUUGAGGAACGCUUGUCUUCCACUCACUUAAUCACUACGGUUUGCAAGUUGUAAUUCCUAAACUACUAUGCAGUUCAGUUCAAUAUUUCACUUACUGUAUGUGCUGAGCUGUAAAGAAAUGCUGUAGCUGUUUUUACACAGUUCCACAACUACCAUUAUUCAUCCAAUACAAUAUGAAUCUUCACUUAACUUGACACUAUUUUCCUUUUCCUUUAUUUUUUUGCUCCUCUACCUCUGCUUUACAUGGUAGGCAUUAUGUAAAAAAGAAUUAACUUUUUCAUUUUUUUUAUUUGCACAGCAUGAGAUCUUAAUGUUGAUCUUUUUUUUUAAUGUACAUCUUGAGCAAACUAUUCAGCAAAUGACUUCAGUUAUGAAGAGAGAGAACAACUGUGACAAUAUAUUAUAAUAUUUAACUUGAUUAACUUUUUAAUGAUGGUUAAUGUUAUUGAUUGGCAUUGAACCUGCUGUUUUUCAUAUUGUUUCAUUUAAUAUAGUGUGGUUUUAAAUUUAAUUUGUUUCGUUUUACGAACAAUAUUUAUGCCUAAUUAUCCAAACACGUUCUAAUAAGCUUGAUUAAUUAAGAAAGCCUAAUAAUUCAUUUUGCGUUUCAAGUCUGGUUAGGCAUUUGCUUUGUUACCUGCUUAUGGAAAAAGUCUAAAAGAAUAAAAGUCUACGUGUAUAACCUACAUGUACUCGAGGGUCUGUUGUCCUUCAAAUGAUUUACCUAAGUGGCUUAAACCUGAAUUGCAAUAAUAUGUGAAAUUUCUUUAGGUUUAAGGUUGUCUUGUGUAAUUCAGAUCACUUUUUUAAUUGUGCUUUAUUUUACGGAUGUCAUAUUGCAAGUUGUGUCAUUUGUAAAAAAUAAGUCAGAAAAUGUCAACAGUGUGGUACAUACAUUUGAAUGAAGAUGACAUUUGUGCUGAGUCAUACAGUGCAUGUCCUAAACAUUGUUCUCUUUGAUCCUUCAAGAACUCGGUAUCCUUUGUUGAUUCCUGCUAAUUUGUCAUUAUUUUUCCUCUUGCUUUCAAAAAACAAAAGUAUACAAAUUGUAGUAUACAAUAUUUUCAAAAUCAACUUUUAACCUUGUAAGUAUACGGUUUUUUAACUUAUAUUUUUGGGGGUACCUAAAGAUGAAAUAUAUUGUGAAAGCAUGUCUGGGGAAAUUCUUGAACGUUUAAACAAUGCUAAAUGUUAAUUGUAGAGUGUGUAACAAUGAUACAUUUUUAAUCAAGUUUUGUCACUUUUUAGAACAA